AGCGAGAGAGAGAGAGAGAGAGAGGAGGAGGAGAGAGAGAGAGGGAAAGAGAGAGAGGAAGAAAAAAAGGAGGUGGCGUAAGCAGCUUCUGUUUGGGCCAGCUCAGACAUUUGGUGGUUCAGACUGGAUUGUGGAUCCAUGUAGACGGGAUUUCUCUGAUGGGGAAGGACCAGGACCAGGAGCAGAGAGGACCCAGGUCAAACUUGGUGAGCGGGGCUACUCUGGAACGAGACCGCGAGAGAAGGUACGCCGAACUCUUCAGAGAGCUGGACCUGAACCAGGAUGGCAGAGUGGACAUCAACGAGCUUCGGACUGGACUGUCUGCACGGGGACUGCACCGGGGGGAGGCAGAGGAGAUCGUCCUGGAGAGCGACCAGAACCAUGACGGUCUGCUGGACUUCCAGGAGUUCUCUCAGUACCUGCUGGCUCACGAAAAGAGACUGUGGCUCAUGUUUCACAGCCUGGACCGUAACCAUGACGGUCGGAUCGAUGUGGGAGAGAUUAAACACUUGCUGCACAAACUGGGAAUAAAAGUGACAACAGAGCAGGCAUCCAGAAUACUACAGAGUAUGGACCGAGACGGGACCAUGACCAUUGACUGGAUUGAAUGGCGAGAUCACUUCCUGUUUAACCCUUUCCACAACAUGGAGGAGAUUGUUCACUACUGGAAACACUCUCACAUGUUUGAUAUCGGGGAACACCUGACUGUACCUGAUGAGUUCUCAGAGAAGGAGCGACGUUCCGGUCUGGUGUGGAGACAGCUUGUUGCCGGGGCGAUGGCGGGCGCGGUUUCCCGAACAGGAACUGCUCCUCUGGACCGCAUCAAAGUCUUCUUGCAGGUGCACGGCAUGUCGUCUCGGGGGGUUAACCUGUGGUCAGGUCUGAGGGGGAUGGUAAGGGAAGGGGGCGUGGCCUCACUGUGGAGAGGAAACGGCAUCAACGUCCUCAAGAUUGCUCCGGAGUCCGCCAUUAAGUUUAUGGCCUAUGAACAGAUAAAGUAUAGGAUUCGGGGCAGUAAAGAAGGAGGGAGUUUGAGGGUUCAGGAAAGAUUCCUUGCUGGUUCUCUGGCAGGAGCGACUGCUCAGACCAUCAUCUACCCCAUGGAGGUGCUGAAGACUCGGCUGACUCUGAGGACGACCGGUCAAUACUCGGGAAUGUGUGACUGUGCUCGUCAGAUCCUGAGGACGGAGGGAGUGCGAGUGUUUUACAGAGGAUACCUGCCCAACACUCUGGGCAUCAUCCCAUACGCCGGCAUUGACCUGGCUGUGUACGAGACUCUGAAGAACGCCUGGCUGCAGAGGUUCUGCGUGGACUCUGCUGAUCCUGGCGUUUUGGUUCUGCUUGGUUGUGGGACGGUCUCCAGCACGUGUGGUCAGCUGGCGUCGUAUCCGCUCGCUCUCAUCAGGACGCGCAUGCAGGCACAAGCAAAUUCUGAUGGGGAACCCAAGCUGAGCAUGCUGGGACAAUUCAGACACAUCGUGUCUCAGGACGGCGUUCUUGGACUCUACCGAGGAAUCACGCCCAACUUCCUCAAAGUCAUCCCCGCCGUCAGCAUCUCCUACGGUCUACGAACACAUGAAAAAGUUGCUGGGGGUGGGACACUGAGGAAAGGAGGAGAGGAGAGGAGAGGAGAGGAGAGGAGAGGAGAGGAGAUGAAAGGAGAGGAGAGGAGAGGAAAGGAAAGGAGAGGAGAGGAGAGGAGAGGAGAGGAAAGGACAGGAGAGUAGAACCUGUGGAUGAGUAAACGUAACAGGUAACACCUGAAACACCAGGUAACACCUGAAACACCUGGUAACUUUAGAAAAAACAUGUUUCAUGUAUUUAUUUGAUGAUUUAAUUUGUACAGAAGCCCAAAGCAGACACAUUUUAUUUUGCUCUUCCUGCGGUCAGGGUUAAGGGUCAAGGUUAAGGGUCAGGGGUCAGGGUUAAGGGUCAGGGUUAAGGGUCAGGGUAAAGGUCAAACCUCUGAGAGUAAACAUGAACGCGUCAUGCUGCUGGUGUCUGCUUUCUACUUUGAACUGCUUUGAACUUUCUGUUAUUUUGAACCUUUUUCAAGUCUGUUGGCUGCAGAUAUAAAAACAGAGAGUUUGAAUUUAAACUCUGAAUGUCAUUAUUUUCAUAAGACUAAAAAAGAUCAUAUAUAUUAUUAAUAUACUAUUAAUAUGAACAAACCAUCCCUGACGUGUUGCUGCCGGUUUCUGUGCAGGUUUAAAGUUUUUAUAUUGCUAAAGCAUGAGUGCAUGUUUACCUGUAUGGAAAGCCAAAAGGGACAUUAUUUUACAUCACUUCCUUGUAAUCUGGAGUCUUUGAAUAUAUGUUCUUUUUACUAAAUCCAUUACAAUCCAUUUGAACUUCUGGUGGUUUAUAUUUUAACCCUUUAAGCUGUCAGAGUUGAGUUCACGUCUUUGUUCAGAUUUUAACUUUGACCUCAGAAAUAAUCAUUUAUUUAUUUAUUGUGAUGGAUGUAGAGACACAAAGGUCUGUGAUUAAUGUCCCUCUUGGCUUACCGUACACCAGCCUGCGGACAAAACAAAUUAUUUUAUAAAACUGUGUGUGUGUCUGUGUCUGUGUGUGUGUGUGUGUGUGUGUGUGUGUGUGUGUGU